AUGUCCAGCGGUACAAAUGCACGGGAGUCUGAAAAUGCAAUGUGUGAUGUUUUAAGAUCUGCAAGGCAUGUUUUAGCCAUGGAUGCCUUUGCAAAUACAUCGACACUAUUCUUCCUCCAGGCUUAUCGCAGUGAAAAUAUUCACGUAGUUGAUAAUAAGUAUCAGCCUCGUAUAGGCGAGACAGUUGAGUUUAUUUAUGAUCUGAAUAGCGGAGCUGAAGCCAUGCGAAUAGGAUAUGAUCUUUUAAGGCAGGGUAAACGUGUGGCAUUUGUAUCUACCAGAGCUGUGAUAGCUAGAGCAUUAGUAGAAAAAGCAUCUAAGUUGUCUAAGCCUGAUAAUUCGCCUGUUAAAGCCCAUGCUUAUUACGGAGAUAUGGAUGGAAAACAACGUCAAAGAGACUUUUCUGAUAUUAAUGUCGCUUGGGGUGAACUUGAUUGCGUAGCUUAUACAAAUACAGUGGAGGCAGGAAUAUCAUUUGAGGUUACGGGCCACUUCAAUAUAAUUAUAGCUAUUACAAACAUCGCCACUCCAGUUCAUGUUGAAGCUCUUGCACAAAUGCUUUAUCGAAUUCGUGACUGUCCUCGUCGUAUUGUUUCCCUAUUCUAUCAGAAAAAUUCUAAUGAGCUUUUUCACCCACCAGGUCGUGAAAAUAUUCGGGCAGAACUUGCAAGUAUUCGGCCUAAUAAUUUACCCACAGCAAUAAAGGGAUAUUGUGAAUGGAAUAAUAAUACCAUUUCUUAUAAAGUUGAUAAGUCUCCGGCCAUAAUAACUUUCAUUGAAGUCGAGCAUCAGAAACGUCUUUCUGCAAGAUAUUUUAUUGAAAAGCUUUGUAGUCUUAUAGCUAGUACAAGCGCUUCUCUCCAACUUAUAAAAAUAGAUGAGAGUCGAGAAGUUAUAAGGAAUCGCAAAAGUGUUCACAAUGAGAUUAGGGUUGAAGCAUUAGUUAUCAAGAAUACAGAUUUUAACACAGUUGCUACUUCCCGGAAUCUUAGUCCUGAAGAAGCUGAAGUCCUUAAAUUCGAUCAAGAGUGUUAUUCUAUCGCAGAUACUAUGGCACUUAAACGUUUUUAUAUGCGGAAUCUUUAUUGCAAAGACAUGAGUAUCGAGGAUUGGAAUAAUAUUUGCAAUAGAAAAUUCAUUGAAAAUUUUAGUUCGCCUGAAGCUCAGAAGCAUUUCUUACGGUUGUCUUAUUUUCGAAGGCAAGGUCAUGAUGAGGAGAAUGCAAUGAAGGGAUUGAAAGCUGAGGAAAAUAUACAAUGGGAAAUUGCUUGCCAUAGAGCUGAAGAGAAUCUGGAAAAAUCAGUGGCAGAAGACUUGCGUAAAUCUUAUUCAGCAAAUCAUUGGAAAGUUAUACAAGAACUUUUUCAAAUACUAGGCUUUACUGGCAUUGAUGACAAGCAUAUUCUUUCUGGUAGUAUGGUAUCAGAGGCAUUUGCGCAAUCAUGUGAAAGAUUUAUAGAAAUUCAAAAUCAGUCUUUAUCACUCUUUGGCUUUAAGUCUCAUGAUAAGACAACACCAGAUCUUAAUUCGGAUAUAAAGGCAAUCAAUGCAAUUGCUGGUAAUUGGUGUGGCUAUACUAUUAAAAGUGAUAAAAAAAGAAUAGGGCCUAAGGGACAACAAGUUUGGCAAUACUCAUAUCGAAUUAAUCACCAGCCAUAUAAUAGUACUGGUUUCAGAGAUAAAGGUGCACCAGAACUUCCACCAUAUAGGCUAAAAACAGAUAACAAUAUUCAGGAACUCUUCGAUUCUAUAGGACAGGAAAAAUAA